AAUAGGCAGAGUUGGGAGGCAGACAAAAGAAGUUAAAGAGCGCCUAAUCUGCCCAUGUUUGGAAAGGAUGGCAGAGGGGGGAAAAUAAGAACAGUGAGUGUGGAUGGACUUGAUUGUGCGCUCAUGGAGCCCCCUUUGAGCAAGAGGAGUCAGACUCUGAGGUUAGCGGACCUGGCAGCGACUCAAGCCCAUCCUCAUCACAAUAUGACAGGCUUCCCGGGGUUGGGGAGUCACCAGUCUCACUCUCUCCCUGCCCACAUGCACCCUGGGGAGUUGGGGAGUGACCCUGGAGUUGCCCUGACUCCAUUCGGACCUGAGCACAUGGCCCAAGCCACUGCUCUGAAACUUAGUCCCUCAGCUCAUCCCGAGGCGCAGACAGCUGCUGCAUUUGCGUCGCCGGCCACAGUCAGUUACCCCGUGGCUCACCCUCACUCUGGCUACUCUACCAGCAGGGACUUCAUCCUCAGGAGGGAACUCUCCACUUCUGCCAUGUUAGGGGAGCAGCACCCGGCCGCCGGCUCCCCCCAUCAUCACCAUCAUCACCAUCCGCACAGCAUGUUCAUCAGCUCCACUGGCUCCUAUGCUCACCCGGAGGGGGUCGGACACCCUCUCUUCCCUGCCAUCCACGAGCAGGCGGCCGCGGGAGUCCACCACCCCCUCAAUGGGCAGAUGCGCCUGGGUUUGGCCGGGGAACUUUACGGGAGACCGGAGGCUUUCAGAGCAGAGCACUAUGCAGCCUCUUCCCUCCACCACAGCUACAACUCGAUGAACUUAAAUGUCAACAUCGCAGCCGCCCACCCGGCCACUGCUGGGGCCUUCCUGAGGUACAUGAGGCAGCCCAUUAAGCAGGAGCUCAUCUGCAAGUGGAUCGAUCAAGAUCAGUCUUCUAAAAAGCCCUGCUCUAAAACUUUCAGCACCAUGCACGAGCUGGUCAACCAUGUGGCGGUGGAGCAUGUCGGGGGGCCCGAGCAGAGCAACCAUAUCUGCUUCUGGGAGGAGUGUGCGAGGGAGGGCAAGCCGUUCAAAGCCAAAUACAAACUGGUGAAUCACAUCAGAGUGCACACUGGCGAGAAGCCCUUCCCCUGCCCCUUCCCUGGAUGCGGCAAAGUCUUUGCUCGCUCUGAAAACUUGAAGAUUCACAAACGAACUCAUACAGGAGAGAAACCCUUUAAAUGCGAGUUUGAUGGUUGCGACAGGAAGUUUGCGAAUAGCAGCGACAGGAAAAAACACUCGCACGUCCACACCAGCGACAAACCUUAUUACUGUAAAGUGCGGGGUUGUGAUAAGUCUUACACACACCCCAGCUCCCUGAGAAAGCAUAUGAAGAUACACUGCAAGUCGCCCCCUGGCUCCCCCACUAAUGGGAGUAUGGGCUAUCCUGCUGUUGGCACUCCUUUAGACGACCCCUUAUCUCCUGCUCAGGAGCAGGUUCGAGGGCGAUCUUCUAAUCUGUCGCCUCAGGUCACCAACCUUAACGAGUGGUAUGUGUGCCAAGCCACAGGGGCAACCGUUAAUAUGCACACGGCCUCCAGCAACGCAGACUCCUCCGAGUCCGAAGAUGAUGAGGAAACUUACAGACACUCAGAGAGGACUAUACGCUAACCACUACUUGUCCCUAUAGGGACCAACCCAAACUCUCACGUGGACUGGAGAGAAAUAAAGGCCUUUUUUUGGGCAUACGAUAUUUAUUUCUGAAAUAAACACAAAUAAUAAUAAUAAUAAAAUGAUGCAGUUAAAAAAGUUCCAUAAAUGUGCCAUGCACACUGCAGGUUAUCAUUGCUGGUGACACAAACAGUUUACUCAUUCACUGCCAAAUACUGCAAAGUAUUCUUUUUUAUGUUUGUGGAUAUUAUACAGAGCGCCAGUGUUCUCUGCUCUCAUGUACCUCAAACACAGGUGACAUCACAAUGGAGGUUUCAGUUGGCCCCAGUUCUGCAAUGGGGAUUAUAAACCAUCACUGAUAAACUUGGAUUUAAAUGUGCACUCCAGCAAAGGCCAGCCAAUUCAUCUUAAAUCUUGUUAAACCAUUACUGACCCAUUCUUUUCCAGGAUGUUUACAGUCUCCCAGGAUCACGUUUAUUUACGUGGAGUUCUAAAUAUAAUUCAUGUUAUUUAUACCGUCAGACAGAUGAAAGAAUCGCAGUUUAAUCCUUUGGGAUCCUUGUUUUAUAUUGAAAGACGAAAAAAAAAA